CGCUGAUAAAGCAUCUGCGACUCAGUAAGGUUUUAAAUCUUAUUCGAAGCAAAGCGUUGGAAGUGUCUGCUGAGUUGUGGAUUAACUCUGCUGGUGAGCUCGGGUUGAAAACGGAUUUGAAACGAGUUGAAUAAAGGAGGCGUGAUAAAAAAAAUUAUUCGGAGACAUGGAGGCAAUGCGGGAUUACUUGCUGCAGCAUGGACAAGAACACCUGCUGCGGGUCGAGACCCUUUUGAGUGAAGACGAGAAGGAAAAUCUGCUCUCCCAAAUAAAUUCAAUCGACAUCCCGAAGAUGGUGACGAAAUUCCGUCAAAGUUUGGAAACAUUCGAACACGCAUCGUCAGCUCAAAUCGACGUCCAACUGAAGCCUCCAACAAACGUCCUACGCUCUGUGACCCGGACGUCAGCGAAACAACUGGAGGAGUUCAGAGAAAGAGGCUUGCUUGAAAUCGCCGAGGGCCGCGUUGGCGUGGCACUUCUGGCUGGCGGACAAGGAACCCGUUUGGGAGUUAAUUAUCCGAAAGGAAUGUACGACGUGGAUUUGCCGUCGCAUAAGACGCUUUAUCAAAUACAGGCCGAACGGAUCCUGAGGUUGCAAACGCUUGCCGAGAGGAAACACGGGAAACAAUGCUCUAUCCCUUGGUACAUCAUGACAAGCGGGCACACGAAGGAACCGACCCUGCAAUUCUUCCGGAAGCACAAUUUCUUCGGGCUGAAACCCGACAACGUCAUCAUCUUCAACCAAGGCCAAGUCCCGUGUUUUUCGUUUGAUGGCAAAAUCAUGCUGGAGGCAAAAGGCAGGAUCGCAUGCAGUCCCGACGGCAACGGGGGUCUAUACCGUGCCCUGCGUCAAGAAGGAAUUCUGCAAAGCAUGCGAGACAGACGUCUCAGCUGCGUGCACGUGUACUGCGUGGAUAACAUUUUAGUCAAGGUUGCUGACCCAGUUUUCAUCGGGUACUGCCUGACUGAGGGAGCCGACUGCGGAGCUAAAGUAGUGCCGAAAGCACAUCCGGAGGAACCUGUGGGAGUUGUUUGCGAAGUCAACGGAAAAUACCAGGUGGUCGAGUACUCGGAGAUAACAUCAAAGACAGCCCAGAAGCGGACUGAAAACGGCGAGCUUUUAUUCAACGCAGCAAAUAUUUGCAAUCAUUUCUUCACGGUUGAUUUUCUUGAGAGGGCCUCCGGUCCACUUGAAGACAAACUUGAGUACCACGUCGCGAAAAAGAAAAUCCCGUGUGCCGGAGAAGAUGGAGGAACGAUGAAACCAUCAAUUCCCAACGGGAUAAAAAUCGAAAAAUUCGUUUUCGACGUCUUCCAGUUUUCUGAAAAAUUCCGACUAUGGGAGGUACGACGUGAAGAGGAUUUUAGCCCCGUGAAAAACGCCGACGGUGCGGCAACAGACACCCCGACCACGGCUCGAGAAAUGUACUAUUCCCUUUGUCAAUCUUAUGUCGAAAAAGCAGGCGGACGCUUUGGAACGGGAGAAAGCGAGGCAAAAUCGGGAGUCGUCGAAAUAUCGCCAUUGAUUUCCUACGACGGAGAGGGCUUGGAGAGUUUCGUCAAGGGGCAGUGUUUCUCGUACCCAGUGCUUUUCUGAAGUCGACGCGAAUCGAAAUGAGUGCUUUCGCUUCCGGCCGCGCCUUCUGCUCCUGCAGAAGUUCUCGAUAAAAUUUCAAAUCAGUACAGAACCAUCGACUUGCUUGCUUGCAGAAUAACAGAUGGCGUCAUGAAUAAAUGCAUAGAAAAUGUGAGACCAUCACGCAAGGGCUGAAGUGUCGUCGUCAUUUUAUUAUCGUAUACUGAAUACCGAAAUAAGAGGUGUGGUGUUUAUAUUGACGAUAGUUUUGCC